AUGUUUUAAUUUCAUAGAAGAAGUUAAACAAUUUAAUUUGACAAUGGACCUUAAAAAAUCACAGAUGCAGCCUAAGAUUUUAUUAAUUCCAUAUUGGUGAUUGAUCCUAAAUAAAGAUUUGAUAUAUCAUAGGCUGCGAAUCAUCCACUUAUAUAAAGUACUUUUUAUUUUUCUACGAGAUCCACAUCCACAUGCGAAUAAAUAAAAUUGA